AGACAAAGACGACCACCAUUGAAAAAGUUUCUCCGAUUCUCUCCUUAUCCCCGAAAAAUUCAAACUUUGCAUUUGGAAUUUCUGAGUAAAAAUGCGGCGUAAUUGCUGCCAUGUUUCGUUUGCUUCUACGCUCAAGAUCCUCAAUUUUGUUCAAGCUUUCGUCGGUGUUUCGAUCAUUAUCUACUCCAUAUGGAUGCUCCAUGAAUACAACCGUCACCUACCCGUGGACCCGCCUCCGGUAGCUUCAUCAUCGAGCUCCGGAGUCGAGAUCGUUAAGGUUUCUGAGCCCUUGAAGAAUCCUAUUGAUUUCAUGGCUAGUAUCGUUCUCGGGUGGGCUAAUGGUCCUGAUCAUGGGUUUAACCUACGCUCGUUGGAUCUUCCUGCUCCAUGGUUCAUCUACUCUUUCAUGGCGGUUGGUAUUUUGGUCUGCAUUGUUACCUUCAUUGGUUUCAUAGCAGCUGAAGCGAUCAAUGGCUGUUGCUUGUGUUUUUACUCUGUUCUCAAAACUCUACUCAUUCUACUCGAAGCUGCACUUGUUGCAUACAUAGCGAUUGACCGUCAAUGGGAAAAGGAUCUUCCAUAUGAUCCAACUGGAGAACUCAUUAGUCUUAGGGCCUUCAUUGAAGAAAACAUCGAUAUAUGCAAAUGGCUCGGGAUUGCUGUGGUAGCGGUCCAGCUACUGUCUUUGCUAUUAGCCAUGGUUCUUAGAGCUAUGGUUUCAACCCCGAAACCCGAGCUUGACGAAGAAGAAGACUAUGAGAACCCGAGGGUUAGAGCUUGGGACCCACUUCUUGGUCCGCAAGGAAACCAAGCGCCUGCUGGGUCAAGUAAGAUUGAAAACUGGAGCUCCCGAAUCAGAGAAAAGUAUGGUUUGAACCAGAGUCAGGCGGUGAACCCAAAAGGCUGAUGAAGCCAAAUAAACCUGUUUCUAAAACUGCAUGUGAAGCUUUCUUUCUCUGUGAAGCUUUCUUUCUCUGUUCUUUCUCGAAUGUGCAACAACCACUUGCUCAAAAUGGUACUUUAUUGGGUUUACAUUACAACAGCAUAACAUCUUCAUUUGUGUUUGCCUGUACAAACAAACAAUCGCAUGAACAGUUUGAAAUUAGCAUUUCCACUAUACAAA